AUGUACACAGCAUUGGAGUUUUAUUGUGGCAAAUUUCAAGUGGAUAUGGAUUAUUUAAUGAAGCUGAACCAAAAAUUUCAGAUGUAUACUAUUCGUGCCCUGGUUGGAGGUGAAGAUAAUGCACGUAUUUUUUCUCUGGUAUAUACAUUAAUGAUAAACAAAACAGAAGAAAUUUAUAGGCAGUUAUUUCAAGAAUUAGUUGACUUGGGAGAAGAGGCUAGACAAAUUUUAAGUCCAUCUAUGAUUAUUACUGACUUUGAACAAAAAAUUCAAGCCAUAGGAUUGGCUACUGAAUAUGGAAAUAAUGAAAAUUUUAGCCUCAAGAUGCGCUAUAUCACAGCCCUUGCAUUCCUUUCACCUUCUGAAAUCCCAACUGCAUUUAAUCAAAUUAAGCCUCUUCUACCUUUAAAUGCAGAAGAAGUUAUCCAAUAUUUUGAGGAAAAUUAUAUUCAUGAAAGAGUUCAGAGACAGCAUAGAAAUGGUACUACACUUUGA